CCAGCACAUUGAACUAUCUGCGAGUAUUGUGGACGUCUUGUGCGAUAAGACUAACUAAAGAAUGAGCAAAUUUAGGAAAGAAACAGAAUCCAAGAACAAAUGUGUGGAGCUUGUUGGAUCAGAAGAUCACACGCAUGAUUUCACUGUAGAUGAAAUCCAGCGAAUUCGAGCUAAUCUGCUGACAUGGUACGACAAGAAUUGCAGAAAGCUUCCCUGGAGAGAGUUGGCGUCUCAACCUGAUCUAAAUAGGCGUGCAUAUGCUGUGUGGGUCUCUGAAGUUAUGCUGCAACAAACACAGGUCGCCACCGUAAAGGAGUAUUACAUUCGCUGGAUGGAGAAAUGGCCGACUGUUGAACAUUUGUCGCGUGCGAGUUUGGAAGAAGUGAACGAGAUGUGGUCAGGACUUGGUUACUAUUCGCGAGCAAAGAGACUCCACGAUGGAGCUAAAAAGGUUGUAGAGAAAAUGAAAGGAAACAUACCUUCCACAGCAUCUGAACUACUGAAAGAGCUACCAGGAGUUGGUAAAUACACUGCAGGCGCUAUUGCUUCCAUUUCAUUUGGUGAGUGCACUGGAAUAGUUGAUGGAAAUGUGAUUAGAGUUUUAUCAAGGCUUUGUGGUAUUGGUGCUGUAAGUUCCAGUACUCAAGCUGAGCGGAAGUUUUGGGAGCUUUCUCAUAAACUUGUUCCUGAAGAUAGACCUGGUGAGUUUAAUCAGGCUUUAAUGGAAUUUGGAGCAACACUGUGUACACCUCAAGCUCCACGGUGUCAUGUAUGCCCUCUGCAAAGGGAUUGUAGUGCUUUAAAGCAAGUAGUGAAACAGGACUCUCCAGUAUCCAUUCUGCAUAGAGAAAAAGGACUAACAUCCAGCAAUGGCAUAAAAGUUGAUAAACAUGUUGACAUUGAAGAAUGUAUCCUUUGCCUACCAUCUUCACUGUGGAAGCCCUCCCUCGGUGUUUGCAAUUACCCACAGAAACCUAAACGGAAACAACCUAAAGAGGAGACUUUGGCUGUUGUUGUUAUUAAACAUGACAUGGAGGUGGGAUCUCAUUUUCUGUUGACUCAGAGACCCAAAACAGGACUUUUAGCAGGCUUGUGGGAUUUCCCUAAUGUUGCUGUAGAAUCAAAUCAAUCUGAUGCUUACAUGUUUACUACCCUUUGUAACUUCUUGGAAAACAACCUGGGUAUCACCCUCAAACAGAGGACUCAAAAAAGAAUAGCAGAGGUUUCUCAUAAAUUCUCGCACGUUCAUCAUAAGUACAUGGUGUUUUCAUAUGAGCACCCUGAAAUCAAGCAUUUGCUUCAAACCUCCCAAGAAAAAAGCAAAAUAAGGUGGAUAACAAGAGAAGACUUAGAUACUGCAGCUCUUUCCACAGCCAUGCGGAAAGUUUUCACUGCCUUCGAAAUGCACAACAGUGGUGAGAAUGAAAAACAAGCCAAAGUGGACAGGAAAAGAAAGAGACCAAAUUCUCAUGAUGGCAGAAAACAGAUGGUGCUUGAUGGAUUUCUCAAGUCAAAGGACCAACAAAAGUAAGAAGUCUUGGGUUUUGUGUGGUGUAUUUUCCCAUGUCAAUUCACACCAGAACCAGUUUACAUUAGUGUUGUUCCUUCCAUGCUCUAUUGCAUUGUCACAUAUACAUUGUAGUGAAAGUGCUAGUGGGCUUGUAGUAAAUGACUGUUGGAAAGGUAGCUUGAGGAGACAUGUACUUUUAAUGGACCAAGUUGGUAAGAAGAUUUAACCACUCAUAACAGUUUUGGACUUUAGAUUGCCAAAUUAACACUGACAGUCAACUUUCAAUGCCUUGAAGCCAGUGCUUUCAUUAAGACCUGGCAUCUGCAGGUAUUUUGUUGUGAAUUCCCAGGUAUACUUUGUCACAUUCAAGUCAAGUUUUUAGAACAGAAAAAUAAAUAACAAAGAAAACAA